AUGCCAAGUCUUCCCCGCGUCCUGCGCAAGCUCACGUUCACGAUCCACGCCAAGGAAAAGAUCGGGAUUGUCGGCCGCACGGGAGCGGGCAAGUCGUCCCUGGUCGUGGCCCUCAUGCGCCUGGUCGAGUUGGACGCUGGCCAAAUCACGAUGGACGACGUCGACAUCGCGACGAUCGGCCUCCACGACCUCCGCGACAAGAUCUCGAUCAUUCCGCAGGACCCGGUGCUGUUCUCCGGCACGAUCCGGUCCAACUUGGACCCGUUCGACCGGUACGGCGACGACUCGAUCUGGACCGCCAUCAAGCGCGCCAACUUGCACAACGCCGUGACGUCGCUGGACGACAAGGUGGACGAGCGCGGCCAGAACUUCAGCGUGGGAGAGCGGCAGCUGAUUUGCAUCGCGCGCGCGCUGCUGAAGAAGUCCAAGGUGAUCUUGAUGGACGAAGCGACGGCGUCGAUCGACGCCAACACGGACCGCCUCAUCCAAGACAGCAUCCGCGAGUCGUUCCAGGACUGCACGUGCUUGACGAUUGCGCACCGCAUCAACACGAUCUUGGACAGCGACCGCAUCCUCGUGAUGGACAAGGGGUCGGCGGCCGAGUUUGACACGCCCGCGCAACUGCUCAAGAACCCCAAGGGCAUCUUUACCAACCUCGUCGAGCACUGGCGCGACGACAAGUCGGGGGAGCUUGUCGUCACGUCGUAA